AUGACGCCGAACUCUACGGAGAGCAUAGAUUCAUUCCUGUCACGUGAUCUCGAUGAACUUGACGCCACUGCCAACAACAACAACAACAAUAACAACACCAAUGACAGCAACAAUAUUGGCAACAACAACAACGCAAAUAAUUUGUUGCCGAAAAGAGCAGAAACUUUCGCUGGUUUCGACUGUAAGAAGCCUUCUGUUGAAGGUCAAGUCAUCACUCGACCUACAUCUGCAACCCUCUCCAAAAAGAUGAUGGCUCCUAACAACAACAACGGACCAAUAAACGAGGCCAGCAACAACAACGACCAUGACGUCAACGCAACUUCAUCGAUGACAUCACUCACGUCGGCCAUGCGUAGUUCAACGACCUCUGGAGUUCAAAGUUCAACCCACGAAGGUCACCGAGUGACAUUUCAAGGACAUCCUGCCCUGGACGAUGACCAAUGUUUGUGCGUGGCCAGGAUUUUGACGUCUGCCCAGUUUAUUUCCGCACAUGCUGUCUGUCAGGCCACUGAAAUAUUAAGUGUCUUCAUCAUCGUUUUCUUCGUCAUCUUCACUCACAUCGUUGGCGUCACUGAAGUCAAGUAUGACGACGACAACAACGACGUUAUCGUCAUCGUCGUCGUUGUUGUUGUAUGCGUCUACAACAAUAGACACAGCAACAACAACUGCAACGACAACCACAACAUCAACUCACCUUUCAAACGAAACAUCAACAUUAGUUUCACCAACAACAAUAACAUCACUAACAACAACAACAACAUCACAAUUAACAACAACAACAUCACUAACAACAACAACAUCACUAACAACAACAUCAGUAUCGACGAUGACGUCACCGACGACAUCAACCCCCAACAGCAAAAACAUCAAAAGACCGACUUUUCUAUCUUUGGAUCCAUUCUUGAAGCCACAGCAUCAGCAGCAGCAACAGUAGCUACAACAGCGUUACUAUCAUCGAUUCCAUCCCACUGCCAAUGCAAAAGCAGUAGCUACAGAAACGUUGCUGACACCAGCUGCGGUGGUUUUGGUUCUAAUUUUAGCAGCUUUGAGUUUUUCCAAAGGUCAAACAGUUUUACAUCGGUUGACGAGCCAAAAAAAUUUCCAAAACUUUUAAAAACGAAAUCAAAGGCUACCCACAAUUUAUCAUUUAAAGAGAACGACGACGACGACGAUGAUGACGUUGUUAUUGUAGAUGUUGAUGAUGAUGGUGACGAUGACGACGAUGAAGUUGCUGCUGCUGCUGUUUGCGAAGACGACAACGAUGUCAUUCUAUGUGAAAGAAUCGUCGAUGAUGACAUUAAGGAUGAUGCAAGCAACGACAUUGACAAAAAAAUUAAUAAAAGCAGCAACUACAACAAUAAUAAUAACACUAAUAACAACAGCAACAUCCAAAUCACUAAUCAAAAUAUCGACAACAAUAUCCUAAACAUCAACAACGACAUCCAAGUUACUGGCAACGACAACAGUGAAAAUAUUUCUAUAUCACAUUCACCAUUGGAAAUUGUAAUGAAAGACGACGACGAUGAUUAUGACGUAGUUGAAAAUAAAAAUUGUGGAGUUAUUAAUAAUAUUAAUAAUAACAAUAAUAAUGGUGGUGAUGAUGAUGAUGUAAAAUUCUUGGGUGAUAAUCAUCAUGAUGACGUCAUAAAUUUUAUCGCUGUGGCAGGACCAAUCAACAAAAGCGAGAAAAAUAUGACGUCAACAUCAAAUCAAAACAACAACAACACUAUGAGCAUCAACAUACACACCAACGCUAACAACAACACAAACUACGAAUUCAACAAAAACAUUAGCAAGUUAAUCGGCAAUAGCAGCAUCAGCAAGUCAAACGUGGAACUCUCAAAAAACAUUAACAACAACAACAAUAACAACAACAACAACAGCAACAGCAACAAUUUUUACGAGAACAACAAUAUUACACCAACACUGAGUCAAAGUCACAACGAAUUGAUCUCAAGUAACAACAACAACAAUAAUAAUAAUAACAACAACAAUAGUAAUAAUAAUAACAUCAACCAUGACAGCAAUAAAAUAAUUAACAAUGUCUUUCAAAACAUUAAAAAUAGCAACAACAAACCCAACAACAACAACAACAAUAAUAAUAACAACAACAACAACAAUAAUAACAAUUAUAUCAACAAAAGUAGGAACGAUUGCUGUAGCUGCAGCAGCAGUAGUGGUAGUAGAUUCAAUGGCGACACCCUACUCUCAGCCUCGUCGACAUCAUUGUCCAUUUAUUUCCAUUAA